AUGGGCGACUGUGAGCUGGGCACAGAGCACAGUGAGAUUGCCUCCAAUGAUGACAAGCCUCGUUUUCCCAGUGAGGGAGAUGCCGCCCCACACCAUCACACUGCCUGCACCAACAGGUGUUACUCUAUCGGUGCAGCAGUCAGCAUAGCGUUCUCCGCAUCUUCUCCACACUUUGACCCUACGAUCCAACUGGCAGCACCUGGGGGGAUACGGGACCUGUUUCUAAAAGCAGGGGCUGUGGGUCCGGGCCAUCAGUUUUCUCCUGACAGUUUGGAGAUUCUCGUUGGAGAGCUGUGUGCCUUCUUCACCAAGGCAGAGGGAACCCAGGAGAAGACGAUUGUCACCGCAGACUGCUGCUACUUCAACCCCUUACUGAGGCGCAUCAUACGCUUCCUAGGUGUCUAUGCCUUCGGCCUGUUCACCACCACCAUCUUCGCCAACGCCGGCCAGGUAGUGACAGGAAACCAGACGCCCCACUUCCUGUCUGCCUGCCGACCGAACUACACUGCGUUGGGCUGCCAGUCCACCAUGCAGUACAUCGCCGAGCGCCGCGCCUGCACCGGGAACCCGCUGAUCGUCAUGUCUGCGCGGAAAUCCUUCCCGUCCAAGGACGCAGCGCUCAGCGUGUACUCUGCCGUGUACACCGCGAUGUACGUGACUCUUGUGUUUAAGACCAAAGGCACGCGGCUGACCAAGCCCACCAUCAGCCUGGCGCUGCUCUGCCUGGCCACGCUGGUGGGCGUGGUCCGGGUGGCCGAGUACCGAAACCACUGGGGGGACGUCCUGGCAGGGUUCUUCACCGGGGGGGCCAUCGCGGUGUUUCUGGUGACUUGUGUGAUUAACAGCUUCCAGCAGAUGCUGCCGAGUCCUCCCCCACUGCGAGCCCAGCGGCCUGAGUCCGUGCUGGGCAUGCCGAUGGUGACGCUGCCCUGUGUGGAGAGUCCACUCGAAAAGUUAAGUGGCCCUCAGGUAAGAGGCAGGGGUGGGUACGAGGGGCUGAGAUACACACCCCCCCUCUCCCUUGUCUCUUACCUGAAUCUGUUGUCCUUCCAAAACAUGCAUGCUCCAAGCCCCACCUGCACACCAUGUACCAGCACAGACAUCCAAGUGAAUCCUUUUAGGUCAGCAGGGUGAAACUCAGCUUCAAUAAUACCCCCUUUCCCACCGAGGCAGAGCUGGUGCUGGUUCGGAGCCAGAGCCUAGUUUCAAAUCGGUUCUUCGUUUUAUCGACCACCAAAACAACGAAAACAACUUGGAUGGCAGGAAUAUGGCCAACAAGGUUUUGAGUAAAGUCACGGGGCUCACAAAGUUUUGAGCCAGAAAUUCAAAAUUUUUAGAAAGGUCAAGAAUGAUCAUUUUAGCCAUGGCUAAUGGCUUAAUGGCUUAAUGGCUUAAUUUUAAACCACUUUGAAUUUGCAUGUACCUCCUGGUUUGAAGGCCUAAUAAACCGACUCAAAGGGAGGCUACAAACACAGAAUAAAUUAAUAUUAGGUAUCCUGAACUUGGGCCAUAGGUCUCACAUAGGUAGGUCACAAUUUGUUGAGCUCAACUGGCUCCCUGUGGAGUCUCGUGUUAAUAUGUUAAGACAGACCCAACUUUUUUGUCGUGUCUUAUAACUAAGGUAAAGGACUCACACAAUAUUAAUACUCGUGGCAGCAUAUCUGACCUGUGUCCUUAUACAUUUAAGACAGUGUUAGGGAAAGGAACAUUUGCCUAUAUGGGGGCAGUUCAGUGGAACAAGUUAGAUGGUCAUAUUAAAGUUAUUUCCAGCCUGAACUCUUUUAAAAAGAGCAUCAAGGUCUGGUUAUUAGAGAAGGUUGCGGAAUAGAUUAAAGGGCAAGUUACUAUUUUUAUUUAUUUAAGAAAAAUGUUUUUAUGUUAUGUCAUCGAGUAUCUUGUCUUGUCCUGAUGUGUGUUGAGGACCACAAUGGAAAUAAGUCCUGGACUUCAUUGUGUUUUUAUCCUCGAUUGUAUUUGAUGUCCUUUUAUCAUGUGUAAGGCGUUCUCGUUACAAUUAAAUAAAUCAAAUCAAAUCAAACCAGCUCCGAACCAGUAAAAGUGGUUCCUAAGUAGCACCAAAUCAUCGCUGGGCCAGAAGUAGGAACCGCUUACAUCAACUGGCUGGGGGGGGCGGGGUUACCGUGACCAACAAGACAAGACAUUUUUGAAUUAGCAGAUAAACACGAUGGUCAGAGGAGGAAACGAGCUGCUUUCUUGCACUAUGGUCCUCUCCAGAAGUCCAGAGUAAGUUAGACGGAUGUUUGGAUGCCGAUGUCGGUCUGCAAAGCCACGACCAUCACUAGCAAAGCAGCGUCCACCAUUGUUGAUGGUGUGGUUGUGUUUGGCGCCGCCGCGCUAACGUUGCUGGGAAAGAUGAGACGUAUACAGUGACGUAAGACCUGGCUCUGUGCCGGCUCUGUGCUGGCUCUGUGCCGGCUCUGUGCUGGCUCUGUGCCGGCUCUGUGCUGGCUCUGUGCCGGCUCUGUGCUGGCUCUGUGCCGGCUCUUUAGCCUGCGGGAAAGCUAACCGGUUCUUUGGAGGCUCGUCAGUCGAACCAACUCCGAACCGGCACUAGCUCUGACCCAGCACCUGGUUCUUGUUGGUGGAAAAGGGUUAUAAGGGGCCACACUGGAAAAUCAAUCAAUCAAUCAAUCAAAAUGUAUUCAUAUAGCACUUUACAACAACCAGCAGGUAUCCAAAGUGCUUAACAUCAGAAACACAUUUCAUACAAUAGAAAGAAUGAACAUAGAAAACAGGAAAAUCAGAAAAGGUUACACAGAGACAAAAGAAUGAAAUGGUCAAACCACUGCUACGUAUUAAAGGCCAGACGAAACAGAUGAGUUUUAAGUUUGAACCUAAAAAGAGCUCCAUCUGUAAUAGUGUGAAUAUCAGGAGGUAACUUGUUCCAGCAACUGAUCACCCCAACGUUUAUACCUUGACCUCGGCACUUCUAAAACUCGCUGAUUUGGAGAACGCAAUGACAUCUGUAUUAUUACAUUGCAUGUGUCGUAUAGUCUUCUCACUCAUAGCUUGGUCGACAUAAAGCCCCCAAAAAAUGUAACUUAGCCAUCAAAGAAAGAAGCGACACAAAAAUAUCGGAAAAAAACGU